CGUUAAUUGUGUGUAUGGAUGGUGGGGGACAAGUGAUAGGGGCGGAGGUUGGAAACAUCGAGCACAGUCUAGUGAAACGUUCGCUGGCCUCCGGGGGGACAAUCACUUUCCCAAAGACCAAGUGGUGCGGACCCGGACGCACGGCCCGGCACUACGACGACUUGGGUGCCGACGUUGACACAGAUUCCUGUUGUCGCGAUCAUGAUAAUUGCCAGCCCCGAGGCCUGUACCCUGGCCAAUUGCAACGAUACUGCAAUGUUAGAGGCUCUAGGUUCCAAAUAAGUGCCUGUGAAUGCGAUCAACAAUUUAAACAAUGCCUGUCAAACAUACCGCUGUCCAUAUCGGCCCGAAUGGUAGCUAAAAUAUACCGGAUAUUUGUCACACAAUGUAUUGACUAUAAUCAAUACACCCGUGAUUGCAAUGUUAUUGAUAGGUCAACCCAUGAUUUUCCGUAUACCCAAAAA